CUCCAGUUGGAUCCGACCAGAACCUGAGCGAACUACCCUACCCCCCCCCCCCCCCCCCCCAAGAAAACAGCGAUGCACUGAGCAGAGAGCAGAGAACAAGGAGGGACCACGAGCAAUGUAUUUCCAUCAAAGUCAGACAAGGUCCUCUCCUGCGGCGCCGAUGUCCGCCCUCGAGGACGGGGACAUGGGCACCUUCGGCCCGGAGCUGCCGGCCAUGUUCGACGGCGUGAAGCUGGCGGCGGUGGCCACCGCCCUCUACGUCAUCGUCCGCUGUCUGAACCUGAACAGCACCGCGGCGCCGCCGGAGGUCGUCCACCAGGUCACGGCGCUCAGCCGCUACCUCUUCAAGUCCUGCCCGAUGCUGACCAAAGAAUACGUUCCUCCCCUGCUGUGGGGUAAGAGCGGACACAUCCAGACGGCCCUGUACGGAAAGAUGGGGCGCGUCAACACCCCCACCCUCCACGGGUUCCGCAAGUUCCUCGCGAUGCCGGACGGGGCCACGGCGACCUUUGACCUCUUUGAGGCUCUCGGGGAUCACAGCACGGGAGAUGACGUUACCAUGGUAAUCUGCCCUGGGAUCGGUAACCAUAGCGAGCAGAACUACAUUCGCACCUUCGUGGAUUACUGCCAGCGGCAGGGUUACCGCUGCGCCGUCCUCAACCACCUGGGAGCCCCGCCCAACGUGGAGCUCACCUCGCCGCGCAUGUUCACCUACGGUUGCACCUGGGAGUACGCCGCCAUGGUGGGCUACAUCAAGCAGGCUUAUCCUCACACGCUGCUGGUGGUGGUGGGCUUCAGCCUGGGGGGGAACAUCGCCUGCAAGUUCCUGGGCGAGAACCCCUCCAACCAGGACCGAGUGCUCUGCUGUGUCACCGUCUGCCAGGGCUACAGCGCCCUCAGGGUGCAGGAAACAUUCCUCCAGUGGGAUCAGUGCCGGAGGCUCUACAACUUUGUGCUGGCCGACCGAAUGAAGAAGCUCAUCCUGUCACACAGGAGCAGUUUGCUCGGCCUGAACAGCAGCAACAUCGGUGACGUAGAACUGAGCAAACUGUACGCAGCCACGUCUCUGAUGCAGAUCGACGACAGCAUCAUGAGGAAAUUUCACGGCUACAGUUCCUUGAAAGAGUACUACGAGAAGGAGAGCUGCUUGAACUACAUCCACAAAGUCUCUGUGCCUCUGUUCCUGGUGAACUCCUCAGACGACCCCCUCAUUCAUCCGUCUCUGCUGGAGAUACCGCGCACACUCGCCGAGAAAAUGCCCAACGUGAUGUUCGUACUGACGCAGCACGGAGGUCACCUGGGCUUCUUCGAGGGGGCCAUGCUGCUCCCUCAGCCGCUCACCUGGAUGGACAAGGUCAUCGUGGAGUACGCCGACGCCCUGUGCCGCUGGGAGAAGAGCCGGCCGGGAGCCUGCCGGAGGAGGGGCGCCCGCCUGCCCCCAGAGGGCGGGGGGGAGGAGCGGCCGUGACCUCUGACCUGCAUGCAGUAAGAGGGGAGAAGUCCGUUUUUCUAUAGAAACAAGAACUGAAAAAUGUCCUGGAUCCCCAAACAAGUUAAAACAUCACCUCGAGAUCGGAUCAGACACAAACUGUAAUGUAAACUCUGUGAAGGACUCAUUGUUGGAGCCUUGGACCAUAAUAUAGAUAAUAUAAAAUAUACUCAACUUCAGGAUUUCAUCUUAAAAAGUUCACGACCGGAUAUUAAGUGCCUGAAUAUUAACAUGAAGAGCAAAUUGUGCUUUGUAAUAAGCAGCAUAGGACGUGAUUCAUGGUUUACUGUGUGCAGUCAAACUGGAAAUCUAAUUAAUAUUGAUGUAAUAUGAUCUUUGUUUUCUUUAAGAGAAGUUUGACUUUUUAUUGCAGGAAAAGUGUGUUAAAAAUUGCAGUUUUUUUAUUGUUGAGGCCUUUGAUAGUUUUUUUUUUUUUUGUCUUUGCUAUUCCCUCGUGAGCAGUGGACCAACAGCAGCCAUUGGACCUGUUGACCUUCUCUAAACGUCCACCCUCAGGACGGAGUUGGGUCAAACUGUGUUUACAACGAGAAGAGAUAAAACAGGACUCAACCAGG